UAUUUGCCCCAGUUAAAACAUGUGAUAACCUUUAAGCUUUUCGGUUAAGUUGUGAGUUUUUAGCCUAGCGUUUAAUGUAAUUAAUCGAUAUUAUUGACUAAAGUAAAUGAUCGAAACAAAAAUAAAUGGGUACAUGCAGUCCUUGCUUUAGUCCUAGGCUGAGAUCGCUUUUGGCAGGCAUUGUGCAAUUGUUCCUCAGUUCUGGUCUAGCGGCCCUCCAUUUAUUAUGUUUGUUGAAGAUCAUCAAUGAACGACAAAUAUAUGGUCCUUACUUUCGUUAUGUUUCAAGACGUGAACUUCCACCACCAAGUUCAUCAAACUCCUAUACAGGGUACCAUCUUUUUACCUUAUUCAUGGCUCUUGUGAUGUUCAUAAAUACACCAAUUUUAUUUUGUGGAAUGUGCAGGGAAAAAGCUGACUACAUCUGUACAUGGAUCACUAUAAACUGGGUAAUCAUCUUUAUAUAUGUACUCAUUCUGCUGUACAGUUUAAGAAUUUGGAUAUUAGGUUUCAUUAUCGAGAAUGCCUUAGUGCUUGCGGUAUUAAUUAACGUCGUCUGCUGUGUUAAUCCACUUUAUGACAUCAUGAAAUUUUCAAAGAGGAACCAGGAAUUCUUAAAUUGAUUUAUUCAUUAAACUGAAUAUAUGAAGACAAAAGGAAACUCAUUCAAAGAGACUUGGAGUAAAAUUCAUCGCUUUAUAACUCAGAAUUUUUAAAAUAAAAUUAUUUAAUUUUCUGUA